ACACACAGACACACACACACACACACGCAGACACACACACACGCGCGCGCACACGCACGCACGCGCACAGACAGACACACACACGCACGCGCACUCUCUCUCGUAUAAAACAUCAAGCGGAGGCACACGCGCUUAGAGAGCGCACUGAUCGUGAGAGCCAGAGCCAGAGAGAGAGAGGGGACAACAGAGCGACACAGACGAACAGGGGAGAGAGAGAGAGAUAGUUCGGGGCUGUAUAUAACGACGUCGGAGAAGUCUGUCGCUACCCCCCCUUCUAUCUUGCGCUCUCUCCCUACGCGCGCGCAUCCAGGAGGUCAGAGCUCGGGGCUUGGAGGAGGAGGAGGAGGAAGAAGCAGCGACGAUGUUGAGUUUCUCGGGCACGUGGAAGAUGAAGAGCAGCGAGAAGUUCGAGGACUACCUCAAAGAGCUGGGCAUCAACGUGAUGCUGAGGAAGAUGGCCGCGGCGGCGAAACCCACGGUGGAGAUUCGCCAGGACGGAGAGAACUUCUACAUCAAGACGUGGACCUCCAUCCGCAGCACGGAGGUCAACUUCAAGGUGGGCGAGGAGUUCGAGGAGGAGACCAUGGACGGACGCAAGAUGAAGAGCGUGGUGAAGUGGGAGAAAGACGACAAGCUGCAGUGCGUGCAGCUGCCACUCAAGGGCGACGGUCUGCAGACCGAGUGGAGCCGCGAGAUGGUGUCGGAGAACGAGCUCAUCCUGACGAUGUCCUGCAAGGACGCGGUGUGCACUCGCGUCUACGUCAAGGAGUGAAUUCCGGCAGGGAAGAUGAGCGAUGAUUGAGACCAAGAUAACACUUACACACACGUACAUACACACACAUACAUACACACGCUUACAUACACACACUUAC